UGUUUUUUCGUAGUAUCUGGGCCCUUGACGUAAAGGUUUGGCGAGCGUUAUGUGCGUGUGAAGGUUUUGACAUGGACUUCUGUACACUGGAACUCAGAACUCUAAGUUACUUUCCUAGCAUGGGUAAAUACGUUUUAGCGUUAGCGUUCCUAGGUUUUGUUGCAUCUUCACCAAACGCCACGCCGGGAUCUGUAUCGGCAGAUGGAGUUCCCAGAUUAGAGCUACCCAGCUUGGAAAGUGGCUACCAUGGGCUUGUAAAAGAGAAUGAAACUAUUGUAGAAGUGAGACCAAGAAUUAGAGCAACUGGUGCUCAUAUUUGUGAGUUUCGAAUUGUGAAUAAGCACCAUGGUGAAGCUCCAUUCAAGAUCAUCCUGAAAAACCAAGGUGAAGCUGAACUACGUGCUAGGAAAGCCUUGAACUGCGAGAAGAGGAAAAACUAUAAGUUUGACAUCGCUGCUGUUAGCUGUUCAGGGAAAGUCUCUCAAAAUGCCACAGUUCAUAUAUCAGUUGUGGAUAUUAAUGAGUACCCACCAACAUUUUUGGAGCCUUCAUAUGUAAAUCAGGUCGACGAAGGUAGAUUGUAUGAAGAAAUAGUUCGUGUGGAAGCAACUGAUAGGGACUGUACCCCAAAAUAUGGAGAUGUUUGCAAAUAUGAAAUCCUGACAAAUGACCAGCCUUUCACCAUUGAUAAUGAAGGAGCAAUUCGUAACACAGAACCACUAGAUUAUGAACGAAGUCACAACCAUAUUCUAUCUGUUGUUGCUUAUGACUGUGGCAUGAAACAAUCUGUGCCUGUCAUGGUAACAAUAAAAGUGAAUAGAGUGUGCAAACUUGGAUGGAAAGGUAUCCCUGAAAGAAUAGACUACGCACCUGGAACUGGUCGACAGGAUUUGUUUCCUGAUGCUGAUUUAGAAUUGUGUGAUGUGCCCUGCAAUGUUAGAAGUGUUGAGGCCAAACUUAGUCUUGCUACUUCUCAUAUUGGAAAGGGAUGUGACAGAGACACGUACUCUGUUCAGAGCCAACGUAAACUUUGUGGAGCAAGUAUGGAAAGUAUUGAUUUGUUGCCAAGUCCUGGAAUAGGAUCUGAAUGGACAAAGUCUCUCCCAACAGAUGAAGGAAGAGAGUCAGAUCAGAUUUUUGAAUUUGAUGGUGUUAGCUCUGCCGUGACUAUUCCUUCUGAUGUCAUGGACCAUAAUUUAUCUCCUGUUUUCACUAUUGCAACAUGGAUGAAGCACAAACAAAAUCCUGACCAGGAUAAACAUGUCAAGGAGCACAUACUCUGCUCAGCUGAUGACCAUAAUAUGAAUAGACACCAUUAUGCUUUGUUCGUCCGGAACUGCCGUUUAAUCUUACUUCUUCGUCGAGACUUUUCUGAAGGAGAUCUCAAUAUAUUUAGACCGGCGGAGUGGAGGUGGAAAUUAUCUCAGGUGUGUGAUAAUGAAUGGCAUCAUUAUGCAGUGUCUGUAAAAUUCCCUGAGAUUACCCUAUAUGUGGAUGGUCAGAUGUUCAAAGCAGAGAAGAAGAAUCCUGAAAUCAUAGAUGAUUGGCCACUCCAUCAUACAAAAGGCAUCAAUACUACACUCACUGUGGGAGCAUGCUGGCAAGGUUCUGACAGCAAGAUGAAGCAUCAUUUCAGAGGCUACCUAGCAGGUUUAUCAAUACUUCUAAAUAAGACUGAGAAACCUGAAGUUCUUAGCUGCCUUCAUAAAUGUAAAGAGAGUUUAGAGGUACCUGCUAUGGAAUUACUGGAACCUGGAAUGGAGCUGUUGACAAACAGUGAUUUGACAGAACUAAGCAUUGAAGGUGAUAACAAGACUAAUCUUGUUGUUCUCUUGAGAAAAGUUGGUUACACAAAUCUGAGACAGUUUCCCACUGCUGGCAGACGCAAUUUGCACCUUUCAACUGUUGUGAUCUGUGAACGUGAGCAUUCUGUGAAAGUGCCUAGUGUAGAAAGCUAUGUAAUGGUCCUUCAGCCACAGCAGCCAAGCAUAGACAUAAAUGGAACAGGGAAUGUUGCCCGAGAAUAUGAAGACUUCAGACUUGGAGUGCGAGUAUUUACUGAUGUGCGAAUCACUGUUGGUCAAACAAAAGGCCAAAAGCCAUGGAAGCAUGGAGAACCAAUCAGUGUUAUCGAGAAACAGUUGGACUCUUGCACUGUUUCAGUCUAUCCGCCACUUAACCCAGAUCAUGAAACAGUGACCCUCCCAGAGAACAUGCUAACACAGUUUGGUAUUGUUGCCAAGGUUACAAAAGAUGGCGUUAUGGUGUCUGGGGCUGACAUGAUAUACAAUUAUGAACAGGUUCUCCGUCAGAUACAGUACACUAAUAGGAAGCCUGCAUAUUACCUCAACAGGGUGUUCAAGCUGACAUGCUCAGAAAUGAAUGGGAGGUUUAUGAGCAAUGAAUAUGUCCAAACUUUGACUGUUAUUCAUCCACGGCCACCUGCUAACAGAGGACCGAGUAAAAAUACUGAGUCAGCAAAAGCUACAGUGGAACCAGCAUCUGUGCAGGACUCUCUAUUGAAGGAACAAAAAGAUCAGCAUGCUUCUGCUGCAGAUGUGGCUGCGGCAUCUGAACAAGUGCAGCAGCCACUGCAAGGGCAUGCACAUGUAGACAAACAUCACGUAGAACUUCGCCCAGUUCAGACUGUUAGUGAUGUCUACCUAACUUCGGGAAUGGACUCCACACAAGCAGCUGUUGCUGGUGGUAGUCAUGCAGUCACCAUUAUCAUAGUUGUCUGUGUGGGUUUCUUAUUGUUCAUGAUUGUGUUGGGAGUAAUCAGAAUCCGUGCUGCACAUCAUCGGGCUACACAGGAGGAAAUUGCUGACACUGAAAUGGCCUGGGAUGACUCUGCCCUUACUAUAACCGUCAAUCCAAUGGAGCAACUGGAUGGCUCGGCACAACCACCGAGACCUGGUGGUAACAGCAGUAACAAUGCUGCGUGUGAAGACGACGACACAUCUGAUGAUGGUUCGAGCUAUCGUGAUGAUGAUUUAGACUCAACAGAUGAGGAAGAGGAGGAAGGUGGGGAUGGUGGAAAAAUUAGAGAUCUUGAAUGGGACAAUUCCACACUUGCUAUUUAGAUCAGUAUCAAAGUGCAACAUUUCCGUGGAGAGGAAUCAAGAGGCAAGCCCGAUGUCCUCAGUUCUUGUUCUCAGAUAUCACACUGAAAAAUUGAAAGAGAAUAAUUUUCAGUGGCAAAUACACACCAUUAUUAGCAUUUAAAUUCAGAUGUCUAACAUUUCUGCUGGGUAUGAGAUUCUUGUGGAUGAUGGUUACUAGUUUCAAAGGAAAAUAAUUUCCUUCACACGGGUUACCUGAUUAAGAUUGUAAUUUAAGAGUUGUUCGAAUAAUUGUACUUACACAUUCCUUUGCUUUUGGUUGCAUUAAUCACAUUAUGUUUUCCAUUUGUGCAGCUUUAUAUAAGCCUUUUUAUUAACCCCAGUUCUAGCUGGAUGUUAUCUUUAUCUGGGGUGUCAAGUUCUGCAUUUACUUCAUAGUACUAUUGUUUGUUUGGUCCUUAUGUCAGGUUUGACUUUGACCCUUCUACAAAAGUCUCCAAUUUGUGAUACAUACUUUAGAAUUAUUUUAGGAGAGAAGAGAAAUUCAGCAACAUCCUAGUAGUGUAAUUACAGUUUUUUUAGUUAAGUGAAUGUAUAAGAGAAUGGAGUUAAUCACGGGGAAACUUAACAUAUUUUGAACCAGUCAUUAGUCUUGUCAACCUGUAGCUGUUACUGUCAGCCCAGUUAAAGGCUCCAGAGCAGUUGGUGUGUAGAUACAGUGUCAACACCUGCCAAGAUAUCUUCAGUAUAUUGUAGAGUGUUUCAGUGAACUGCUUAAGUAUUGAAACUGUGUGUUGCUGGACUAUAUAUAAACACUGCACAAGCCUGCUUCCCCACUUUCAGUGGUCUCACAUUUUUCUUUUUUGCAUGAAUACAGUAAUUAUCAUCAGGAACUUUCAUUAACAGGUUUUAUGGAGAUUCUUCUCUGCCUGUCGGAACAGAAGUGAUUGUACACUAGUUAGAACUAAGGAUCAUCAGAGAACAGAAUUCUUAAAGUAAUGAGUGGAAAUGGAGUUAGAUGCCAGGGUAUUACGUGAUCUAUGUCCCUAAUGAAAUUUUUCAAGAGCAGAACAGGACAGAUUUGUUAAGUAUUGUUAUCUGUAACAACCCAUUGUUGUACAGUGACACAUUUGAGUUCAGGAAGGUUUGUUAGGCCCUAUGGAGGAGAAAUGGGGAAGACAGAUUGCGAAAGAAGUUAAAUUUUCAGUGUAGAUUAUCCUCGGCGUAUUAUAUGUAUGCUACUCACCCACAGGUAUAUACAAUUGCUCUUAUGAUGACCAUAGCAAAAGCAGCUUGUUGAUUAAAGAAUAGAAGUGAUAAACAUGUUGAAGGAAGUGAGGAAUAAAUACUUGGAUAGAAGUCCUACAACAUGAAUUAGAAUUUUCACUGGUAAAUAUAAACACCAAUUAUAAUGACUGACUAAUGGUGAAUGACCAAUGAAACAUUAUAAUGGAAUUAUUUUAAUCAUUUUGUAAAAAGUAUUUUGAUAUCACCUUUUUCAGUUAUGUAGUAUUAAAUGAAUGGAGAAGGAACAAAAUUAACUUUACUGUAAUAUCUCAAUUUUUUUUGGGAGAGCUAAAUUGUAAAAUCAUGAAUAUAUUACGGGGAGAAAAUGCCAGUACUCCAAUUUCAGCUUAUAAUAGUACUAUCAACUACUUCACUGCUGAUAAACUAGUUAUUGGUAUACAUUGCAUGUAUUGUAUCUUUGCUGAUUCAUCUGUGCAGUGGAUGUUGCUGUCUGUUUUUCUCUCUCCCCUCUAUUGACUAUCAUAUUUGGUUAUUGAAGCGAUUCUCUUUUGUACAAAGACAGUUUGAUCACUUUGUGUUUGUGACUUUGCUAGCAGCUUAUACACAAUGUUUGUUAAACUAUCCUUUAUCAUGUCUGGUUCUUUUGCAUUUGUGCUCCUUCACUUGCCCUUGUAGUAUUAAAAUUUUGUUAUAGUGAGUGGUCUUUGUAGGAUAGAAAGGGCAUAUGUUGUUAGCUGUAGCUUUUUCCAAGUGUAUGAGAGUAUUUUCAGUUACAAUGCAUCUCAUAAAAAUACACAAUGUGAACAGUAGCGGUGUUCAUUAUUUCCUUAUUAUUGGACUUUCAUGUUUUAGAAAGACAGACCUUGAGGCUUCAUUAUGCAAACUGUUGCAGCUGCAAUGAAAUUCCACAGAUUGUCACGUUGGUUUUCUAUCUUUAAUACUCUUUCCACUUUUGCCAUGAAUUUGACGCUAAGAAACAUUCGCACAAAAUUCCCUUGAUCUAUUGAAUUUCAGAUUGAUGUAUGGUACAGCUUUCUAAAUCUUCGUAACUUAAUUUACUGCUCAUAGCAGUUGUUAAAGCAUUUGAAAUAAAGGGUCUUGUCUUUCAGUCUACCCUUGUCCAUAUUACUUGCCCUUGUCUGACAUCCGUCUUAACAGUUGUGUGAUUAUCAGUACACUGUCACAUAUUUAACUUUUAUUGUUACAUUCAAGUAAAUAUUCCAGUUAUAGUGCAAGUACACUAUUUGACAAAGAUAUGCACUUUAUGAAAUUUAACAGAAAAAGGGGAGGAUAUUGUUGAAGAAUUUAAAUUUUUGGAACUCUUCCUGAACUUUGAAUCACGAACUUGAGGUGUUCUUCCGAUCAUGCAACCUACUGCCAUGUUUUCUUGUUAUGUACUGCCAUUUAGUGCCUAUUACGUGGGCCAAUAGACAGUAACAUGUGCCAUAAGUACCAAUGUUUUGCCAAGUUAUUUUCUAAGUUAGUAUCAUAGUUUUGAAUGAAAAAUACUCAUGGGAAUCUUCUGUUAUUGCUCUUAACUGUAAUUUCUAAGAGAUGGUAUAGGUAUGGACUGGAAUAUACAUGCAGUAAGCUUAACAUACAUGGGAAAUUAAUUUAUUGUACCUUUUGAGUAAAGAUAUUUGGGUGUUUGUACUUCACGAAAAGAACAGGUUGGCACAUUACUUUAUUUUACAAGAUUAGUGGCUGUACUGAUUAUUCUGUGACAUUGUUAAUAGGAAGAGGUUCAUUACUGGCCUGUUAAGAGUUGUAAUUUUGUAAGCAGAGCAUUUAUUUUGUACUUCUGAGACUAUUGCACUAACCACAUUGUUUCUCUAACAAUUUGGUUAAAGAUCAUCAUAGUUAUGUAUAUGGAGAACAAAAGAGAAACUAGUUUUGAAAUGCAUAGUAACUAAUUAUUUGACAGGUUUAAGUUUUUUCAAUAUUGUCAUGCUUGCAUUAACUUGAGUUGAUUUUUUUUAAUUAUUAUUAUUAUUAUUAAUUUCAGAUGCCCAUAUGAUAGGCUCAUUGUUUAUACCACAUAUUUCCUCUAACCAUUAGACCUAUAUGAAGUCUAAACAUUAAAAGUCAAACAGUUUGUAGACAACUUGGCAUACAUGUUGACAGCUUCUUUCCAGUAUUUCUUUAUAUUUUAGACUGUAAUUAUUUAUGGUCAUGAAAGACCAAAAAAUGAAAAUGUAUUACAUGGAAAUCCACUUUUAUAUAUUUAAAUGUAAUCUGUUAGAAGAAUGUGUGUUUAUGACACAAAAUUUGUGCUGUAAUAUUCUUAAUUGCAUUAUUGUAAUAGUUUUUCUGUUAAUUUUAUGUUUUAAGCCACUUCUAAUAAGCAGCUACUAAGGUGUGAUGUACUUAAGGUUUCUAAUAUUACGAUCACCUAAAAUGUUCAUUUGACAUGCAGUGAUUCAGGUUUCACAUGUGAUAGUUUCACAGCCGUAUCCUGACAGAAAGCCUGUCAUUAAAAAUAAGUUGAGAAUUUUUAUUUAAUACAUUUUUUUUAAUCAUGCCUUUUUUGUUCUAUGCAAGCAAAACUUUGUGUAAUUUUAAGAAAUAACUAAGAUGACUGAACAUUUGUGAUCUGAUGGUCAAAAUUUUUAUAGUGGAUUUUUGUGUGUGUUGUGUGUUAUUUUUGUGUGUGAUUUUAAUUUUUAUUUGUACAGAUCAAGAGUAAAUCAUCAAUAAUCAUCUCAAACCAGAGUGGAGGGAAAUAAUUUUCAUACUAUCCUCACUGAGAAAGAAUUCAGUAUUGUCAGAAACACACAGGAAACCAUUAUUGUGUGUGCUGUUUCCUGCCUCAUAACAGUAAAAGCUACAAAGCAUUUUCUUCCUCCUGGCAGUAUGAAAAUUGUUUGGUACAUUCCACUCUGAACAAGAGGUUUCCUCUGCAGCUGGAUCUGCUUUAUCCCUUUUUGUGUGGCAGUGUUUGUGUUUAGUUUGGCUGUAUAUUUGACUGUACUGGUGAAGAUCAUAUAUUGACUGGAAUAUUGGUGCAUUUAAGGUACAUAGAAUUCGGAGAUCACGUUUCAUAAUGGUGUGCAGAGUUUUCAUUUUCAAAUCGACAUAUCAUUUAGCUACUUUAAAACAAGUCUUAGAGCUGUACUAAGACUAAACUGGAUGUAAACAAAUAAAUAUAAAUACCUUGUAGACCAAUUUUUCAGCUUUGGAAGUUGAAUGAAGAAUUCAGCUGGAAUUGACAUAGUGCUAUAGUGUUGAAGAUCAGUGCACUCUUACACAAUUUCCUGGCACAAAAUAUGGUGGCUUAAUCCAGAGGAUUGUCACAGUGUUAGCUCCAUAGAUCGUCACACGUGAGCAGAGGCAAAAAGAGUAGUGCACCAUAUCCACAAUAAUCUGUCUAAAGGGGCAAUUGAAAAAUGGUAGUUAUUAAUUAGGGGAAAAAACUGCCUGUUGGUUUUGUGAGACUUACUUGUAUGAUCUUCUGCCAUAAGUGUUAAGACUGCAUAACGUGUCGAUUCAACCAUCUGCCUGUAUUCUGAGUUCACGUGUUACUGUCCAUUCAUUAUAAGAUGAAUUAAUCUUCAUAUAGUAAUGACUUGAAUAGAUUUCAGUGGGCCAUGCUUUGGACCAGUCAACAAAUCUCACUUCGCACUUGAACUGAUUGGGUGUACAAACAUUGAGACUUACAUACAGCACUCUGCAUGAAAUUUAAGAUCUCCAAUAAACUUGCUGUUCCUUUUGUAAUUGGAAUGCUGUAGUGGUCACACAAAUAAUGUUAUGAUUUUGAAUUAGGCUAGACUGCAUUUGUGAUGUGAUGCAAAACUUUUGUUUUUAUUGAACAUAAGGAAAUAAUUUCAGACAGUGUUUGUAUAUUUUACAAAUAAUAUUAAAACAACUGCAUAAAAUAAAUGUGUGUGUGAGAGACAUAUUCAUUCUGUUUUAUAUUUCCUAUGAGAAUGUGAUUACAUAAACAGUAAAAAGCAUAUCAUGGUAAUGAAAAUAUGUGUAUACAAUUUCCCAGUAUAAUGUCCAAAAGCAAUAUGUACAUAGAACAUUUCAGCAUUUUCUCAGAAAUCUGAUUUAUAUUUUGUACAGAAUUUUUGUGCCACACUGUGUAACAUAAUGAAUUACCUGUUUGUUUUUUCAAAGUUGUUGCUGUUCUUCAGAAUGAAACAAUUUAUCCAGUGUGUUACUUAUAAAAAAUUUGUAAUGAGUGUCCUUUCACUGAAAUUUUGAAGCAUUUUAUAUGCUUUGGGUGGAAUAUGUGAAUAAAAGUAUGGUUGAGAGAGAGGAGGAGGGAGGGAGUGAGAACUAUGAAAAUAAAACACCACAAAUUUAAAAACAAACUUAAAAA